UAAUUGAACAAAAUCUUCCAAAAUCCCCACGGAGGAGCCCAAUGUACCAUUAUCACGCAGUGGGCUGGGCUUAGCCGGCCGGUGGACGGCCCAACUGUAAGCAUCCGACGGCGGCCGAAUCUCCGGUAUGUUUACUUCUCUUUUUCUUCCUCCUUCGUCCUCUAAUUUCUGUGCUCACCAAUCUGGAAUACAUUCCCUACCUGUCGUUUGGAUUUUGUUAAACCGAGCAAUCGAUUCAUCUUGAAGCAAGCAAGCAAUCAAUCAAUCAAUCAAUCAAUCAAUCAAUCAAUCAAUGGAAUCAUCAUCUUCUCACCUCGGUUCCCUUCCCGAAGAUGUUUCAGAAGAUCAAGCACGACCACAGGAGAAUCAGAAAUCGGUCUUCGCCUCCAAGCCCAAUCGCCCUCCGACUCUGAAUUCUUCACAGAAGUAUUUGCCCCUAGAUUGGCUUGGAUAUUUUGACCAAGAGGAGGAUAUUUCCAUUCCAAACUCAAACGAGGUCUUCCAUGUCUAUACAGCGGGAAAAGAAGGACCAGUUGUAUUUUGUCUGCAUGGAGGAGGCUAUUCUGGGCUUUCUUUUGCUCUAUCAGCUGGUAUAAUAAAGGAAAAGGCUAGAGUAGUUGCAAUGGACUUCAGAGGACAUGGAAAAUCAUCUUCUGAGAAUGAUCUUGACUUAUCAGUUGAGACUAUGUGCAAUGAUGUUUUGGCAGUUAUAAAGACCAUGUUUGGAGAUUCACCUCCUGCAAUUGUGCUUGUUGGUCACAGUAUGGGAGGUUCAGUUGCUGUACAUGUUGCUGCGAAGAGAGCAUUACCUAGCCUGGCUGGUUUAGUGGUUGUGGACGUUGUGGAGGGAACUGCCAUGGCUUCAUUGAUUCAUAUGCAAAAAAUAUUAUCCAACAGGAUGCAACAUUUUCCUAGCAUUGAGAAAGCGAUUGAAUGGAGUGUAAAAGCAGGUUCUUUGAGGAAUGUUGACUCUGCCCGUGUAUCAAUUCCCUCUACGCUUACAUAUGAUGAUUCGAAGAAAUGCUAUACUUACCGAGCAAAACUGGAACAAACGGAACAAUAUUGGAAAAGCUGGUAUGAGGGCCUUUCAGAAAAAUUUCUUUCAUGUCCUGUUCCAAAGCUUUUGCUUUUAGCAGGGACUGACAGAUUGGACAGAACACUUACGAUUGGUCAAAUGCAAGGGAAGUUUCAGAUGGUGGUAGUCAGACAUACUGGCCAUGCUAUUCAGGAAGACGUGCCGGAUGAUUUUUCGAAUCUGAUACUAAAUUUUAUUUCCCGGAACCGCAUAGGUCCACAUGGGGUCGAGAUACCGGGACUUCGUAAACCGCAGCAGUAGCAACCUCCAAACGGACACCGGAGAAAAAGAUCAUUUCCAGUUUCUCCAUACAGCUUAGAAACGGAGUCGGUAUGACGAGUAAAGAUGUUCCAAACAUGGCAGUUGCUUUGGAGUAAAGCUAGUUUUGAGUAUGGGUACAUUUCUUAAAGCAUCAUCUACCCGACUCGCACGAAUUGAUGUCGAUUGAUGUUGGUUUUCUGAACUUGUGUGAACGGUGAUGGUCUGAUAUUGUGUUCUUACGAGGUCUAUGGGUUCUGUGAUGCCGCAAGGACUGUAAAUGAGAUGAAUAACUCAUGGCUAUUAUUAAUUUUGCUGAAGCCCCUACUUUGGAUUACUCUAUGAACCAUGAUGUAUUAGACAACAUAUCUGUUUAUUUAGCUACAAAUUUGAGUUGUGGAUAUUAUUAUAAUGCACUAUAAGCUCCCUUCCCCUA